GAUCACGUCGUGUUUGUUAUAACUAGACUAAUUUAUUUUGUUUUAGGAAAAUAAAAUAGGAUUAACAAUGGGAAAGUCAAAAAGGAAAAGAAGCUUAUCACGAUCACCGUCUCCAGGGUGUUCUAGUCGUGGAAAAACCCUUCAAUUGGAAAAAAGGCUAAAAGCGUUGGAACGACGCUUUAGACGCCAUAGUGAAUCCAGAUCAUCCAAAUCCCCAACGUCAAAAAGGUCAAAACAUUACGACAGAGGAAGCUUAAAUUCAAGGGGUGAUCGAAACUCAAGGCAAAUGCCAAGAAACUCGACACCGGUUCGAAGUCCCAGAGACUCGACAUCCUUUGGCCAAGAAGGUUUUACCCCUUCUUUAACAUUACAAGAUGGCUCGGAAGGUUUUACCCCUUCUGUAAUAUCUGCCAGAAGUAUUGAGCAGGAAAAUGCCCCCUCACCAAAUAUUAAUAAUAGUAUAUUGGUGGUACAUGAACCGGGUUUGGAUGAAGAAGUGUUGAAAUGCUUGGGAGAAGACCCUGAGAAUGCCAAGACCGAAAAAGUGGAGCUGCACAAGGCAUUGUCUCCUAGAUGGCAGCAUAUGCUGACAAAAGGUAUAUCAAAAGAUAAUAAAUUAGAACUGCUGGCGAAAUAUCCAGUCCCAAGCAACUGUGGCGGGUUGCAAACGCCUACAUUAAAUCCAGAAAUAGCCCAAGCCGUUUCCGAUAUAUCCUUAAAGAAAGAUAAAUAUCAGGUGAUUAUGCAAUCUCAGUUGGGUGCAGGAAUAACGGCACUGGGUAAGGCCAUAACUAUGGUAUUGGUAGAUGAAAGUGAUUUGGCAAAAUCCCUUGUUCCGAUUCUUAGUGAAUCCGGUAAGUUACUAACUGACUUGUUUCACUCCUUUUCAGUUCAAAGGAAAAGUUUUCUAACCCCGCAACUAAAUCCAUUAGCUAUGAACAUAGCAAAGACCAGUUCCAUUGAUAUACAACUUUUCGGUGCAGAUUUUGGGGAGAGACUAAAAGCUGCAAAAGAAAUUGAAAAGUCAAGUAAAGACUUAAAAGGCAAUAAAGCGUCGACUUUUGCUAGUAAUCCAAGGCGAACAGAGUGGAAGGUGCCGACUUUAAACUCUAGGGGCCCGUCUCGGGGGAGGAGAAACCAGAGACAAUACGGGCAAUCUCGGCACAGGAAACCGGCAGAGCUCCCUCACAGGCGUUACCAAUCCAACAAGAGAUAUCGAGAAUAGAGAAUGAACCAUCCUCUUCAUGCCAAGCUUACCCUGGUAGCAGGGAGUUUGUGCGGCAAGCACUCUUAAAAAAGGGAUAUCCUGCAGAAACAGUGGAUGUUACAUUGAACUCCAUUUCAGAAUCCACUCAUAAACAAUAUAAUACGUCAUAUAAAUCUUGGUGGAGUUACUGUUUAGAAAACAAUAAAAAUCCACUCGUGGUAGAUAUAUCAGAAAUAUUGAGGUUUAUGCAGAAAGAAUUUGAAAAAGGGAACACUUCGUACGGCAAGCUUAAUCAACACAGAUCAGCGCUUUCUCUAAUAUUUCCUGGAGAAAUUGGAAAAGACAUUUUAAUAAGAAGAUUUUUAAAAGGAGUUUAUCGGCUUAGACCAACAAAACCAAGAUAUAAUACCACCUGGAAUCCCCAAAUAGUCAUUAAUUAUAUCGAUUCACUAGGACCAGACGAGACAUUACCUACUUUGAUAUUAACAAAGAAACUAGCUACACUAUUGGCUCUGGCCACAGGCCAUAGAAUACAAACACUAUACCUUAUAAAAGUGGAUAAUAUUAUAUUUGAUGGCGAAGGAGUAUGCAUAUAUAUAACUGACCAGGUAAAGAACUCGAAGAAUAAUGCUCCGCAGCCCUUUUUUAAAGUACCUUAUUUCACUGGAAAACCUAAUUUAUGUGUUGUUUCAACACUCAUAUCCUAUUUAGAAAAAACGUCAGAGUGGAGACCACAAUCAGAAGACUAUUUAUUCAUUACAGCAAAGGAUCCAUACAAGAGGGCAUCAAAAGACACAAUUAGCAGAUGGAUUAAACAAACGUUAAACGCAGCGGGAAUAAAUACGCAGAUUUUUUCAGCGUAUUCCACACGGCAUGCCUCUACCUCGGCAGCCGCUAGAAAUGGUGUAUCUUGGGAUGUUAUUAGGAAAACAGCAGGCUGGACAAAAACCUCAAAAGUCUUUGCAAAAUUCUACAACCGUCCCGUUGUAGAAGACAACAAUUUUGCAAAAUCUGUUUUAGCAACUGAAUUGUGAAUACAUUCAUACAUGUUUAAUAUUGUAAAAUCAUACACGAAGAGUUCUUGUGCAUGGUCAUAAUAAAUGUGUUACACUGA